AUACAGCGCGUGUCACGUGAAAAGAAGAAGCCCGACCCUGUGCUACAUCUGGAAAUAAUUGUUUAUCUAUUUAAUUUACUUUUGGCGGUGCGGGUAUUUGUAUUAUAUUUUAUUAUCACGGUCACAGCAUAUGCCUGUAUAGUGUGAACUAAAAACUAAACCAGAAUGCAGACCAUAAAGCUGAAUGGUGAUGUGCAUAUGCCAAUUCUAGGACUGGGCACAUUCAGAGUUCGUGGGUAUAGCACAGUUUACCAGGUACUGGAUGCCGCUUUUCAGGCCGGCUACCGUUCAUUUGAUACUGCUACUGUUUACCAGAAUGAAGCUGAUAUUGGCAAGGCCUUGAAAGAGCUUUUACCCAAGCAUGGCCUUACCAGGAAAGAUAUAUUUGUAACCAGCAAAUUAGCACCACAAGACCAUGGAGAAGAAGCUGAGUCUGCUUGUCUGCGUAGUCUGGAACAAUUAGAUUGUGACUAUAUUGAUUUGUAUCUUAUUCACUGGCCUGGCAAGCAGGGAUUGAAAAGUGAGGACCCUGAUAACAAGUUACAUAGACAGAAGAGUUGGCAAGCCAUGGAAAAAUUAAAGGAAAGUGGAAAAUUCAGAGUUAUUGGAGUUUCUAAUUACACGGUGGAGCACAUGAAUGAGUUACUGUCCCACUGUCGGAUUAAGCCCUCCGUUCUCCAAGUAGAGUAUCACCCACUGCUUGUUCAAACAGACUUGUUGAAUUUUUGUAGCAGUGCUGGAAUCCAUCUUCAGGCAUACUCUUCUCUCGGUGUAGGAAAACUUGUUUCUGAGCCACAGAUAAUCAAAGUAGCAGGAAAGUACAGAAAAACACCAUCACAGGUUUUACUAAAAUGGGCAGUACAGCAGGGUAUUGGUGUUAUUCCUAAAUCUUGUAAUCCAGAACGUAUUAAGGAAAAUUUUAUGAUAUUUGACUUUUCAUUAUCUGAAGAAGAUAUUAAUACAAUAAGUAGCUUGCAUUCUGGCACUCGAUACUGUUGGGAUCCAACUCAUGUUGCAUAGACAGUUACUUGAACUGUAGAGGGUCUUUGUGCAAAGUUGUGUUGGAAAGAAGUUUGUUUUUACUUAAGAUUGCAUUAAAUUACUUUUUAUAGUCUUGAUGGCA